UUUAUUUAUUUAUUUAUUUAUUUAUUUAUUUAUUUAUUUAUUUAUUUAUUUAUUUAUUUAUUUAUUUAUUUAUUUAUUUAUUUAUUUAUUUAUUUAUUUAUUUAUUUAUUUAUUUAUUUAUUUAUUUAUGCAUUUGUUUGUUUGUUUGCUUACAGUCUUAUAUGCCUACAUUGAUGUUAAAUUAAUCUCCUUAUUUCGGGUGUGCUGAAUACAAAUCCUGUUGUGAAUCUCCGUGGUAAGGAGUAAAAGUUUUAAAAAAAAAGUAUUCAGAAAACUCACUUCCCACCACUUUUACCUCCUCAGUGACGCUCUAUUGUUUUGUAACAUCAGAAGAAGCCAAACAUUGUCGGCGGCUGCUGCUCCCUUUCUUGGUUCUUCCUUCGGCGAGUGCCAUCCAUCCAUCCAUCCAUCCAUUCAUCCCUCCUCCCACCCACCUAGGAUGCCGACGUAUGAUCGCAUCCAUCACCCCGCCCACGCUACCUGGUGGGCGACGGAAGCGCCGCCAAGUAUAAAGAAGCAGCGGGGACUCCCAAGUCCCACUCCUCUGUGAAGGCACAGCGACUCAGUCCCCGGAGCCGAACGUCAGCAGAGAUAGCAGCAAGCAGGCAGUUCCCCGCCGCGCAGGCUAACUCGCUUUCGGUUUUACUCGCCAUGGAGACUCGCUGGACUGUGAGGAGCUCCAGAACAGCCCACAACUUCAAGGGUGGACUGACUCUGUGGCUGAUCCUGUGGCUGGUGGUAGUGAAGCCCAGCAGUGUGGCUGCAUGCCCCAGGCUUUGUGUGUGUUACCCAACGCCCAUGACAGUCAGCUGCCAGUCUCAGAACCUCACCGCCGUUCCGGUCGGCGUGCCUUACGACUCACAACGGGUGUUCCUGCAAAACAAUCGCAUCACAGAGCUCCGUGCAGAUUCUUUUGGCUUUGAAACACAGGUGCUUUGGCUCUAUGGCAAUAACAUCACAUGGAUUGAGGCCGGGGCCUUUAGUAACCUCAGGGUGCUGGAGGAGCUGGACCUGGGCGACAACCCCACAAUGAGGCGCCUAGAAGGCGGAGCUUUCAGAGGCUUGGAGAAGCUGCAGAGUCUGCACAUGCACCGAUGCAAGCUUGCCAUGCUACCCCAAGACCUCUUUCACAAAUUGUACAGUCUGCAGUUUCUCUACUUGCAGGAGAAUCAACUCCACUUUCUGCAGGACGAGCUGUUCUCAGAUCUGGUCAACCUCACCCACCUAUUCCUCCAUGGCAACCGCAUCCGUGCCCUUUCUGAGAACGUGUUCCGAGGCUUGGUCAAUCUGGACCGCCUCCUUCUUCACGACAAUCGAAUCAGGCAGGUCAACCGUCGCGCUUUUCGCGACCUGGGCCGCCUCUCCAUUCUUUACCUGUUCAACAACUCCCUUGCUGAGCUCCCAGGCCAAGCUAUGAAAGACACCCUGGGCAUUAACUUUCUCCGUCUCAACGGCAACCCUUGGUCCUGUGGUUGUGAGGCCCGUACCUUGUGGGAGUGGUUCCGCAUGGUCCGCAUUUCCUCUUCUGAACUGAUAUGCUCGUCGCCAUCGCAUCGUCGCGGGCAAGAUCUCCGAUUCCUCCGGGAGCUGGACUUUGCCCUCUGCCCAAUGCCUGACCCAGGCUCCUUGGCCGGAAGCACCACGACCACCUUUAGCACCAAAACCCGCUGGUGGUUCUCCAAGCACAAGCCCGUGUCCUCCUCCAAGUUUCACAGCCGUAAGACCACAGAAACAGUAAAGGCGUCCCCUGUAGGAAAGUCACAUUAUUUCACCAAAACCCAACUCGAGUCGUUUCCUCCCAAGUAUGAACUAUCAGAUGAUGAAGUGGCUCUCCCUAAGCUCGACCCAGAAGAGUACUGGGACAACUAUGGCAACGAAGAUUCUGCCAUCCGCUGCUUUGAAUCCGAUUGCCCAACAGGCUACGGCGAUCCGUCUUUUUCAUCCCCGUUCUCAUCUUUUGCCACCAGUCCAGCUCUCCUCCAUCCCCUCUCUUUCUGCAUACUUGCUUUCUCCAUUCAUUUGCUUUUUGGCUGAAUCCACCAUUCCAUCAACCUUUCCUUCUUCUCUCAUUCCUCCGUCCUGCUCUCUCCUACUCACAACAAAAAGCCUGGGAUCUUGAUCUCUACUAGCUGCUUGAGCUGAAAGUAGGUGGCGGUACACAAUGGCAGGAAACAGGCGACGGAGCGAGAAUCUGUUUUCAAAGCAGAUAUCAGUGUAGGCAAUAUACUGAUAGGUGGCAAGCAGCAACCGUUAAUAGACUACACAACACAGUAACUAGGAGUGGCAGGAGUUUGGUUUUGCUGAUGCGGCAGCAAUUGAUGCAGGUGUCAAUCGAGGUGUUUUCUACAUGAACAACUGACGACAUCAGUUCUGCUGCUUUUCUUUACCUCGCCAAU